AAACUUAACGUCCAACUUCUGCACGACUCUGAAUGUCCAUUUAACACGCCCUCUCUCUCUCUCUCAUCUUUAUCACUCCUAAAUCUUCCCCUUUUUUGUUGGCAAUCGAAAUAGGAGAAACGUUGCUGACACGAUGCAAUCAGUAAGGACCCGACGCAAAGUGGCUCCAGCCACCGCAAACGGCGGUGACUCGGCGGAGAAACUGGACCAACUUCUCCUUUCAUCCGCCAUCUGCAACGGCGAAGACUUAGGGUCGUUUAUUCGCAAAGCCUUCGCAUCAGGAAAGCCCGAGACACUCCUCCAUCAUUUGCGCCAGUUUUCCCGAUCCAAAGAAUCCGAGAUCGAGGAAGUCUGCAAGGCUCACUACCAAGACUUCAUCAUGGCCGUUGAUGAUCUCCGAUCUCUGCUAUCCGAUGUCGAUUCGCUCAAAUCGGCUCUCUCGGAUUCAAACUCAAAACUCCAGUUUGUAGCUGGUCCGCUUCUAUCAUCACUUGACUCCUACGUAGAAGCGCAAAAUAUUUCAAAAAACGUUGACUUAGCGCUGAAAUCAAUUGUGUCUUGUAUGAAAUUGAUGGAGCUUUGUUCACGAGUGAAUCAUCAUCUCUCUAGCAACAACUUUUACAUGGCUUUGAAGUGCACUGAUGCAAUGGAGAGUGAAUUUUUAGAUAAAACGCCAUCUUCUACUUUAAGAAGAAUGUUAGAAAAGAAAAUUCCAGCUAUUAGAACCUUCAUCGAGAGAAAGGUAAACAAGGAGUUUGGUGAUUGGCUAGUUGAGAUCCGUGCAGUGAGCCGAAAUUUAGGUCAAUUAGCAAUCGGUCAAGCUUCUUCGGUGAGGCAAAGAGAAGAGGAUUUACGAAUUAAGCAGAGAGAAGCUGAGGAGCAGAGUCGGCUCAGUUUACGUGACUGCGUUUACGCUUUACACGAGGAUGACGAGGAUGGAUUUCACGGCGGUGUUGAAAAUGAUAGUAACGGUGUCUCUGCUCUGUUAGGAUUUGAUUUGACUCCUCUUUAUAGAGCUUAUCAUUUACACCAAACUUUAGGUCUUGAAGAUCGAUUUAAGAAAUACUAUUUUGAAAAUCGGAAGCUUCAAUUGACGUCUGAUUUUCAGGUAUCUUCAAUGACUCCGUUUUUAGAAUCUCAUCAAACAUUUUUCGCCCAAAUUGCUGGUUUUUUUAUUGUUGAAGAUCGAAUGUUAAGGACUGGUGGUAAUUUGAUAUCUAAAAUUGAAGUUGAGAAUUUGUGGGAUGCGGCUGUUAGUAAAAUGUCUUCUGUACUGGAGGAUCAGUUUUCGAGAAUGCAAACAGCUAAUCAUCUCCUUCUGAUUAAGGAUUACGUGAGUUUGUUAGGUGUCACAUUGCGCAGAUAUGGGUACCCUGUUGAUGCUUUGCUUGAUGUUUUGAGUAAACAUAGGGAUAAGUAUCACGAGUUAUUGUUGUCAGAUUGUCGUAAACAGAUUGCUGAAGCCCUUGCUGCUGAUAAGUUUGAGCAAAUGUUGAUGAAGAAAGAGUAUGAGUAUUCUAUGAAUGUACUUUCAUUUCAGAUUCAGACGUCAGAUAUUGUUCCUGCCUUUCCUUAUGUUGCACCAUUCUCGUCUACAGUUCCUGAUUGUUGUAGGAUUGUGCGGUCAUUCAUUGAGGACUCAGUGAGUUUCAUGUCGCAUGGUGGGCAGCUGGAUUUCUAUGAUGUUGUUAAAAAGUAUUUGGAUAGGCUUUUGGCUGAAGUUUUGGACGAGGCUCUUGUGAAACUUAUUAAUACAUCUGUUCAUGGGGUUUCUCAGGCAAUGCAGGUUGCCGCUAAUAUGGCUGUUUUAGAGCGUGCUUGCGAUUUUUUCUUUCGUCAUGCUGCACAGCUUUCAGGAAUUCCAAUGAGAGUGGCAGAGAGAAGUAGGAGGCAGUUUCCUCUAAACAAAGCACGUGAUGCUGCCGAGGAGAUGCUGUCUGGGUUGCUUAAAACAAAGAUUGAUGGUUUCAUGACAUUGAUUGAGAAUGUGAACUGGAUGGCUGAUGAUCCCGUACAGAAUGGCAAUGAAUAUGUAAAUGAGGUUAUAAUAUAUUUGGAGACUCUCGUCUCCACGGCUCAACAAAUAUUGCCUGCACAGGUUCUUAGAAGGGUUCUACAAGAUGUUCUUUCUCACAUAUCAGAAACCAUUGUAGGGGCUUUAUAUGGUGAUUCUGUUAAGAGGUUUAAUAUAAAUGCUAUCAUGGGAAUUGAUGUAGAUGUUCGACUUCUGGAAUCUUUUGCCGAUAAUCUAACUCCCUUGUUCACAGUUGAGGAUGCAAAUCAGUUGAAAACAGCCCUUACUGAGUCAAGGCAGAUGGUUAAUUUGUUACUGAGCAAUCACCCUGAGAAUUUUCUGAAUCCAGUGAUUAGGGAGAGGAGCUACAAUUCUUUGGAUUAUCGGAAAUUAGUGACAAUAUCAGAGAAGUUGAGGGAUCCUUCAGAUAGGCUGUUUGGAACCUUUGGAAGCAGGGCUGCCCGACAGAAUCCUAAGAAGAAAUCUCUGGAUACAUUGAUAAAAAGACUCAAGGACGUGAGCUGAUUUGAAACAGAGCUUAAUAGCAUCGUACAUUUGGUGUCACCGUCUGCUAGCAGCCCUGCAUGUGCAUGCAUGAUCACACAUGCUCCUUCCACGACAUCCGCAUCCAUUUCAUCUUUCAUAAGCCUGUCAGCCAUCUACCGCAUUUAAACCUUUAAUAAUAAUUGUGACAAACGGCGCGCCUCCAUCAACAUUCACCGAAAACAACUAAGCAACUACCAACAAGAAAAAGAGAGAGAGAUGGGUUUGUUAACAUUGUUCAUUAUAAUCUCCUUCACAGUCCCAGUUGCUCUAAGCGACAGUAAACCAUCUGCAUAUGAAGUUCUUGAAGACUAUAACCUCCCGGUGGGUAUUCUUCCCAAGGGAGUAACCAGAUAUGAACUGAACAGAGAAACUGGCGAAUUGUCAGCACAUAUUAACAAGACUUGCAGCUUUUCCGUUGAUUCUUAUGAUCACAGGUGCCAUAUCCAAAAAUAGAAUCAAGAACUUGAAGGGUGUUAAAGUUAAGGCGUUUCUGCUAUGGCUUAGCAUUGUGGAAGUAAUUCGUGAUGAUAAUAAUGGCCUUCAAUUCUCUGUGGGGAUCGCUUCUGCCAAUUUUUCAAUCAAUAAUUUUGGAGAGUGCCCUCAGUGUGGGUGUGGAUUUGACUGUAACAAUUUUCUUUUUUCUUCUUCUUAGUCGAGUAUGAUGUGAUUAGUAGGUUUCACUUUAACUUAACUAUCUUUCAGUAAAUUUUGUCUAUUUGAUCUUAUCUGUGUAAGUUGUCAAUUUGUCAUUAGACCUUAUGCAUGGCUUCUUCGUCCUUAAGAAACGUAUGUGGACAUUAGUUUUAUUGAGAGACGUUCAUAAUGGAUUCAUAAUAUAUUUUCUACGUUUGUAUAUAUAUAUAUAUAUGUGUGUUUGUAUUAUAUUCAACUUAUUCAUAGCCACCUCGUCGUCUUGCAAAAGCCAAAUAGUCAAAGACUGUUGAUAUUCCAAGGAAGAAGAGCAUAUUCUUCCAACCCAAAUCCCACUACCUCCAUGGCGUCUCAAUUCCUAACUUUCAUCUUCUUGAUCUCUGUCUCAACCCCAUAUGUUUUCGCCGAUGCCACCACCAGCACCAAAAUCAGCACCGAAACUGCAGACGAGAUUCUUGAGGAAUACGACUUCCCUAUUGGUCUCCUCCCCAAAGGUGUAACAGGCUAUGACUUUGAUACAUCCACUGGUAAGUUCGCUGUCUACUUGAAUGAUACGUGUACUUUCACCGUUGAUUCAUACGAGCUCAAGUACAAGUCCACCGUCACCGGUGUUUUAACCAAAGACAAACUCUCAAGUUUAAGUGGAGUUCAAGUCAAAGUAUUCCUAUUUUGGAUUAGCAUUAUUGAAGUCAUCCGUGACGAUGAUGAGCUCGAGUUCUCUGUGGGCAUCGCUUCCGCUGACUUUCCCGUCAGUAAUUUCGAUGAGUCUCCGACUUGUGGGUGCGGCUUUGACUGUGUCAAUGCAAGCAGAAAGAAGGCCAAGUUUAGUCCUUUACUUUGGUCCUCUUGAAAGAGUAAAUUUUUCCUGUAGAAUUGAAUAAAUUGAGAAUUAAACUCGGAGCAUACAUGUUUGUUCUAUGCUCUAUUAGAUUGUAUCGUACUAUCGUGCAUUUACCUAUUUAGCAACAUGACUGUUAUAAAGGCUAUAAAGACAGGGUUAUUUCAUUUCUUUACCAUUCAUCGUCAGCGCUUUUGGAGGCGAGUGGACUAAAUACAUAGAAUCUAUUCUGUUUACUUUGUUUUUUCAACCGAAUAAGCAUCCUUCUUGGGCUAAGCCAGCCUUACCCAUGGCCGUCAUGUCCCUCACAGUCACGCCCGUUUAUCUCUUCUUCUUUUUUCUCUUCAUCUUUCUGAACCAAUGCCCUCUUGCCACCUCAACUACCUCCACCAACAUCACCGAUUCCGAUCCCCAGACAGCCUACGAAAUUCUUAAUUCCUUCAAUUUUCCCCGCGGUCUCCUCCCAGUAGGUAUAAAAAGCUAUGAUCUCGACAAAACUACUGGCCAAUUCCACGCCUACUUGGGCGGCACCUGUAGUUUCUCUCUAGAAGGCUCUUAUCAACUUCAAUAUAAAUCCACCAUUGGCGGGCACAUAUCGAAUAAUAGACUCACUAGCUUGACUGGGGUCAGCGUCAAAGUGUUGUUUCUGUGGCUGAAUAUUGUGGAGGUUAUUAGGAAUGGAGAUAAUAUUGAUUUCUCCGUUGGGAUUGCUUCAGCUUCGUUCCCGAUCGAUAACUUCUAUGAGAGUCCACGGUGUGGUUGUGGAUUGGAUUGCUUGAAUGGGCAAGUAAGCAAGCUUAGAACGAAAUCUUUUGUUUCUUCCAUUUAGAGGGAUUCAGAUUCUUCUAGAAUUCGAAACUUACUGAAUUUGGGAUGUGUUCAAUGGGAUUAGUUUAUGUUAUUUAUUGAAAUUGUUGAAGUUUUAUCUGGUUUGGAUCUGGGAUUAAUUUCUUCAUCUAUUUAUUUUCUGUUUGCUUA